AUGUCCAACCUUAAAGAAAUCUUGGUUAUCGGCGGGACAGGUGCCCAAGGUAUUCCUGUUGUCCACGCGCUCGCGAAAAGCAGGAGAUAUAGCGUGCGUGUAUUAACGCGCAAUCAAAGCUCUGCUCGUGCUCAGGCACUUCUCCAACUACCUAAUGUUCGACUGAUCCAGGGUACUCAAGACAAUCAGUCUGACUUACGCACCGCCUUUCGGGGUGUCUAUGGGGCAUGGGUCAAUACUGACGGAUUCACGCUCGGCGAGAAGAAUGAGCUUUUCUACGGUAUCCGUGCCUAUGAGAUUGCGCAGGCGGAAGGAGUCCAGCACUACGUCUGGGCCAACAUUGAAUAUGCGCUUAAGAAUGCUGGGUGGAACGAGGAUUACCACUGUGGGCAUAUGGAUGGCAAAGGUAGAAUCGGACAGUUUAUUCUUGCCCAAGGCCAGGAAGGGCGCAUGAAGAGUAGCCUACUAACAACUGGUCCUUAUAUGGACAUGCUCUUUGACGCCAUGUUUGUGCCCCAGAAACAAGAAGAUGGGAGCUUCUUGUGGGCCAACCCAGCAAAGGAUGGCAAAAUUCCACUGACCGCGCUCGACGACGUCGGUUAUUAUAGUCUCUGGCUGUUUGACAACAUCAAAGAGUCAGCCGGUGUUGACCUGGUGGUGGGAACAGAAGAGGUCUCGUUCGCCGAGAUCGCAAAGACUUUCUCCUCGGUGACGGGCAAGAUAGGUGUUCAUCUUUACGUGCCGCUCGAAAAAUACCUGCCCGUUGCCGAGCCAUAUCCUGGUGCACCGGCGAACUGGGCCCUGGGACCCGACGCUCCUCGUGAUGAGUCGGUACAGACUUGGCGUGCAAACUUCUCGGCCUGGUGGAGAUACUGGGGCGAAGGCCAUGCGAUCAGACGCGACUUUGUAAUGCUUGACAAGAUCCACCCGCAACGAAUCAAAAGCCUGGCUGAAUGGAUGAAGAAAGUUGGUUAUGAAGGAGAGCCUAAACGGGUAUUGAAAGGGAUGGAGGAUCGGGCUGAAACAUGA